AUAUUAUUCAAAGGUCAUACCCUUAAUUAUUAUAUGUGAUACUACUUAAGAAAAUCCUUAUCAUAUGACAUUUUAAAAGUUUUCAAGAGAUUACGUAUCUUCAAGAUCAUUGGGAGAAUCUAAAUAUCACUAGUGCUAGAAUAUAAUAAAGUUCAUAAUGUAUUAUCAUCAUAUAUAUGUAUGUGUGUUGCUUAGCUUUAGUUUUUCUCCAAAAAAAACUACUCAUUGUGCUGGUACAUUUUCAUAUCAACUUUUUAUGGCGGAUAUAUUCUCAUAAAAUGUUAAUCUGAUGAUACGUAAAUACGAUAAAUUUUUAAGAAACCGGGACAACAUGCUUUUUUGAUAUUUCGUGGAGAGACGAGAGGCUUAGAGGGUAGGGGGCGGACGCUGAGGACGUGCCUAGCCGAUCUCGUCUCUCAUUGGACCAUUUACCUCAAAGCCUAUCCGAAAAACAGAAAAAAAAAAAUCGAAAACUAAUUAUAGCAAAAUAGAAUUAAUUAAAAAGAAAAUAAAAAAAGUUAAUAUCUACUUUUUUUUCUUAUCGGAGCUGACGUUGAAAGAUCGCGCUUAAGAUCCGCAUUGCAAUCGGACCCUCCACGCGUCCUCAUCCCACCUCCCCAAACCCGACCGCUGCUACCAAUCACGUCGCGGGACCCCGCGCGUGACGGCCACGGUCCACCCAAACAUCGCUCCCUGUCCCCUUGCGUGAUAGUCACGCGACUAGAUUCGCGUGGUGGAAGUACAGCAGUCAACUGUUUCCCAGUUCGAAUAUACUUCCUUUUCUGUCGAAUGACAACACACCACGUGUCUGCUUUCUGGAACAUUUCACUAAAGCCCCUCCUUUUUCCCUUGUCUUUUUCCUUUUUUUUUUAUCCCUAUUAUUUUUCCCCGGUAAGACAUGACAGUGCGCCACGACCGAGGAAGCACCACGUGUCCACAGCUUUUAGCGAGUGCUGGACACUGUCUCGGUUCUGAUUGGCCCGAGCUUUCGACCAAUCAGAAAGCUCCAUUGCCUCCCCGACGCCUCCCUCAGCUUUAUGGUGGGCCCCGCCCGAAAAGAUUUGACCAAUCGGAGCCUUCAAAUGUACCCCCAGCCUUUGCCCUAGCCACGUGUCGCCUUAUUACCCCAAUGCACUGCCCUCACCCUGCCGCUUUGAUUAUCGAACGAGGGAGUGGGAGAGGGAGUGAGAGGGGGACAGUGUUGAUCGGAGGAGGCAGUACGUCGGCGAGAUGGACGUUGGAGGUCGGCAGAGGUGCGCGGGUGGAGUUGGUGGUGGUGGUGCGGCGGGGGGUGAUGAUAGAGUGAUGAUCGACCGGGUGAUGAUGCUGAGAUUCCGGCCUAUAGCGCCGAAGCCAGCCGACGGGGACCCGGCCGCCGGUGGAGGCCAAUUCAGUAACAAGAGCUUACUGUUGUCGAAGAUAAGGAUGAAGCGGAAGUAUGUUAGGGUUCGGAGCAGGAGUGCUCCUAAAAGCAGCGGCACUAGCAGCAGCAACGGGCGAAAAACGACACAAUCGUCGGAGAAGGCGAUAGUGACGCUCCAGUUGUUGCCUGAGAAAGCUGAGCACCCGAAAGAAUCGUCAAAAGCAGCUAAAGGGCGUGACUCCCUGCACCCGCACUCGUCCUCGAUCCCCAUCCCGAUAGGUAGCCCUAGCCCUAGCCCCAGCCCUAGCCCUAGCCCCGACCCCCACCCGUGGUUAAUUGAUAUCACGGGACUGCAUUUGACAGAUCCGGCGGCUACAGUCCGUCCGAUCGAAUCCUGGGUGAUUGUCGAGUCGGUUGGGACUGGACCCUACCCAGACGCCCUGGAGCUAGGGCGGACGGACGAGGAGAGGGCGGAGGGGCUGCGGUCCGCCACGUGCCCUGGGUUUGUAUCGGACUCGUUGAACCGUGUGCUGUGGGUGAAUGGAGCAUACAACAGCAUGGUCCGGAAAGGGUUUGCUGGAGGGGGUGAGGGGCCGGAGUUGGCGGUGGGGAUGCUGGUGAAGGGUGAGCUGCCUCGGUCAUGCGGGGCAUUCUCUUGCCGGGUGAGGGUGCAGGACACGUGGCGGGAGGAGAGGCGGUCGCAGGUGGUUCCAUGUGAUGUGUGGAGGAUGGACUUUGGAGGGUUUGCAUGGAGGCUGGACGUUAGAGCUGCACUGAGCUUAGGGCGUCCAUUAAACUGACUUAACAAAAACAGCAAAACGAAUCCGGCCAACGACGACCCUCUCGACCGCAAGGAUUGAAGCAAUUCAGGUAUUUUAUAUAUAUAUAUAUAUAUAUAUAUAUACAUACAUAUAUAUAUAUGAAGCUCAAAGGAAGAUGACAGUGCAUGCAACGUGUCGAUGUAUAUCAGGUCAGGACUCGACCAAAGAUCUCCAUAAAGGCAUGCUGAAUCUUCUAUGGAUAUUAUCUUAGAUUUGCAUGGUUGUAGAAAUAAAUCACGACACUAAGCCCAGAAACAAGGAAAAGUAAAUGGUUCCAUCAACUGCUUUCCGAAAUAUAUUGAGCUGUCAGCUGUCAAGAGUAUGCAAUGCUGCCAAUGCAUACAUCCUUAUACGUGUCAUAUAUAUACAUAUAUAGAUGAGAAUCAAGAUAACUUGGGAUUGGGAGGAAGCUGCUUAUGGUUGGGUUGGUCAAGCGGUACAGUAAUAAAGAACGAAGCCUGACGAGACAGUGCUAGAGAAAAUUUUACCAUCAUGAUCACAGCAAAGUCUGCCAUUGUAACAGUACUGUCAAAUGUACAUAUCAUAUAUAUAUAUAUAUAUGCCGUGGACGAUGUAAGUCGCCCUGACUCCUGAGUUUGUGAUCUUUCCCAACAUGCGAGGAGUACGUUUGGCUGUGUUUUUGUUUGUCUCCAUCUCUCGGAGGAACUCCGAAAAUAUGGAAUUGUUGCGUCUUGGCACAUGUCUUGUUGUCUGAAGUUCUUGUACUACAGGCACUUGCAAGGUUGUGGCGGCUGAAUAUCAUCAUCGUUUAUGUAAUGUAAUCUAUCGAAUUAAUGUCCAGUCUGAAGAAUGAAAUUGAUUAAUUGUAUUAGUCUCCAUCUUUCAAUA